AUGGCCUCCAAACUCGCUCUCAACUCUACCAGGAAGCUCAAUUCAGGAUAUCAGAUACCUCUUCUUGGUUACGGAGUCUACAAGAUCCCCAUUGACCAAGCUCCGGAGGUCUGCAAGAAGGCUCUUGAAAUAGGCUACCGUCAUAUUGACUCCGCUUCGGGAUAUAACAACCAAGGCCCUUGUGCAACAGCAAUCCAAGCAUCCGGCAUCCCUCGUUCGGAAGUCUUCUUCACUACCAAGAUUUUCACCAAGAAGUUUCCCUUGAACUACGAAAACGCUCACAAACAGGUGGAGAUCGCCCUUGAUGAGACAAAGCUCGAGUACCUCGAUCUUGUCCUGAUUCAUGCCCCGUACGGCGGACCUGAUGGCCGCAAGGGUGCGUGGAAAGCCCUCGUCGAGUGCGUCGAGGCUGGAAAGGUGCGUUCGCUAGGUGUCUCUAACUACGGCGUCCAGCAUCUGGACGAGUUGGAGGCGUACAUUAAGGAGCUCGAGGCCGAGCGUGGAGCAGGCAAGGGAGGCGUCAUCUCUGUAGGACAGUGGGAAGUGCACCCCUGGCUUACACGACCCGACAUCGUCAAGUGGUGCCAGGACCGCAACAUUGCAGUUGAGGCUUACUGUCCCAUUGUGCGUGGCGAGCGAUUUGGCGAGCCUAAAGUUAAAGCCCUUGCGGACAAAUACAGCAAGACGGCAGCACAGAUCUUGCUCCGGUGGAGCUUGCAGAGGGGAUAUGUUCCUCUUGUGAAGAGUGUAACACCUUCAAGGAUGGUGGAGAACUCUGAACUGUAUGACUUUGAAUUGUCUGACGAGGAGGUAGAAGACUUGGCGACUAGUGAUUAUAGUCCUUGUGCUUGGGAUCCUACUGUUGAGCCUGUCGAGAAGUAG